GGAUUUCACAAAAAAAUCGGAAUUGAGCAUUAAGCCUUGCAGUGUGAACGUAGCGUUACUGGAAAUUUCCAGAGCAAUCUUAUAAUCUUGUAAUACAGGAUGGUUUAAGUUAUAAAUCAGUUAUAGAAACGGUUUUAUUUAAUCAGGCUAACAGAUCAACAUCCAGGUCCCUACCAAAUCCACCAUUAGCUUGAUCAAUUCUAUAAAAGUCUAUUUAAAUUCUGAAAACUGUACAAAUGUUGUUGUUUUCCACCAAAGAGGCGGGAUUAGCCAACGCAGAAUAGUGACGUUUGUCUCUUGUUGAUGACGUGUCGGUCGCAUGAAUGCGACCUGUCCGGUCAGACUGCAGUCGCAUGUGAAAAUAACGGAUAUGCAUCAGAAUUAGGACCACAUAUCCAAGCGGCCUGGGUCGCAUGUGAAAAAAUCGGAUCUGUGUCGUUCGGAUUGUCAAUAACAAAUCGGAUACAGGUCGCAUAUGGGCAAAAAAAUCGGAUAUGGGUCGUUUCAGGGUGCAGUCUGAACGUAGUAUAAACAUAACAUCAGGUACAGGUACAGGUACCGGUACAGAGGUUUAGGUACAGGUCCGGACCUGUACCUGAACAAUUUGACAAAUUCUUCUGAACUUCUUCAAUAAUGACAGAAACAUUAAUAAACUGUUGACAACUUGUCAGUAUCUUUAUUCAAAGAAAACCGAACAUAACUAGGUUUCCUACCUCACUUCUCAGUCACCCUAUACAUAGUUUUCACUGACGUCACGGCAUUCCGGGGAACGCCCUCCAGCCGCCAUCUUGUGGGGCAAACAAAACGGACCAUCGCUAUUACCGGCUACGUUAUCUCGGACGAAUUUAUGAAGUUAUAUACCGUAUUUUCCGGACUAUACGUCGCUCUGGAGUUUAAGUCGCAUCAGCCAAAAAAUGCAUUAUGAAGACGAAAAAAAACAUAUAUACGUCGCACCGGACUACAAGUCGCACUUUUUUUGAAGGGUUAUUCUAUCCAUAGAAUCUGUUGGGGCUUUUCCACUACCAGCGCGGCUGAGUCGGGCUGAGCCGUGCCGUGCUGAGUUGGGCUGAGUCGAGCUGAGUGGGGCUGUUGGGGUUGCAUUUUGACUACAACCGCGCUGAACCGUGCUGGCUGGAAGUGGGUGGACACAUUGGGUGGAGUUAGCGAAAGUGGGUGGACGUCACGUGAUGUCGUUAGGCGGCGCAAACAGUGACAUCAGUGAGCUUUUAAGCGGUAGUCUCACGACCCGGAUAGUAAACAAUAAACAUGAAGGACAUGGGGUCGUUAGUGUUGCUGGUCUUGGUGCUGUGGCUUGUUGUCACCGACAACGCCAGCAGAUACUGGCAAGAGCGUAUAGAUGAGGCGAGGCACAUAAGGCUUCAGAAAUUCUCGUAAUUCGUAAUUCUUCUUCUUCCGGGUUUACGGUGUUUACAGAUCCCAGUGUGCUCGCGGGGCGUGUGUGGGCGUGUGAGGACACUCCUCCUCACCAGUCAGUGCACAGGGGAGUGUCUCCUCAUGCCCCUAGCCCCACUCGGCUCGGUUUGGCUCGCUUCAGCCCCACUCCAAAACCGUGCGAGUUUUGGGUGCUGAGUAAGGCUGAAGUGAGCUCAGUCGUGCUGCUCUGAGGUAGUUGAAACGCGAGCCGUGUCGGGCUGAAGUGAGCUGAAAAAGGGUAGUGGAAAAGGCCCAUUUGAUUCUAUCUGAUAAGCGGCGCAUGGUUACUGUGCGACUGCAUUGUUUAUUGAAUAAACGAACAGCUGAGCAGUGAUAACGCGCCCUUUGCCCUGUAAGUAGCCUAGUCUGAUUAUUUUAAAUAUCUACUACUAUCUUUAAUACUAUCACUAUCGUUAUUACUAAUAGCCUAUAUUAUUAUUAUAACUAAUAUUAGUAGCCUAUUACUGAUGCAUUAAUCAGUUUGCUUUUAGAAUAUUUUUACCGGUAGGGCUUAUUAUCGCCCCAUGGCUCUUUCAUCUUUGUUCAUUCCCUUCAAAUUAUCCUCCGCUUUCCUCCAGUCCCUAACAAGUUUUUCACUGCAUCCAAACUUUCGUUCAGCUGCUCUGUUACCAUUUUCGGCUGCAUAUUUAAUUACUUGCAGCUUGAAUUCAGCAGUAUAUGAUUUUCUUUUUGGCGGCAUAUUUCUGUUCAGUCGUUGUUGUUGUAAUGCUAAUUUGUUUUGUUGUCAGUUGUAACGGUAUUUUUUUUCUUUCAGUGGUAUUAAUAGAGUACACGGCACAUACUUGCAUGCAAAGCUACAUAGCGCCCUCUCGCGGUGAAAAAAAAACAUAUAUACGUCGCACCGGAGUAUAAGUCGCAUGGCCAGCCGAACCAUGAAAAAAAAAGUGCGACUUAUAGUCCGAAAAAUACGUAGUCAGUUUUCUAAAAUAAAGAUCAAUGUCGGCAAAAUCAAGCAAACGGAAGUACAUUAGACGACAUCUCACGACAACGGUAUGCAGCCAAACUGGCCUUGAUUGGGGGAAUUGACCCCUGCGAAGUGGACAAAGAUGCAUUUUCAAGUGACUAUGCAGGGCUGCCAUCCAUAUCGUACCCUGAUAUUGUGAACUAUUUCGUGAAUAGUAAAAGUGCCUACACACUUGACGACCUCAAAGCAUACAAGUCGCUGGAGUCAUACAAUUAUUUUGUCUGUGGCUGGGUCCGUGAAGUCCGCCAUAUAAAACCAAGUGACAGUCGUGUCCUAAUUACAGCCAAGUAGAGAUGGAGAAGCAGCAGAUGGACGAUCUGUCGCCCGGACAGGCCACCAAAACCUGGGGCUUCCGCAGGAGCACGAUAGCCAGACGGGAAUUCAUUGAAGAAAUCGGAAACCUGGACCUCGUUACGUUGGCGCCGCGUCGGAACCUGCGCCAGCCGAAGGGCAGAGGGAGAGGACGAGGGCGAGGCAAGCAGCCUGGCGAGACUGCCUCGAAAAGAGCCCGAGGAACCAGGAGAGCUGUCGAGGCAGAACCAGAGCCUGAUCCGGACGAUUUAAUAACGGCGUCUCGUCAGCGGUGCUUAUCGCAGGAGGCCACGUCAGGCCCGGAGGCAUCGGAUCAAGCCGAAGACAGCGACGAGCUGACGCUCCGAGAGCUUCAAGAGCGAGCCAGGAAGCGACAAAAGUUAGAGGAGAAUGACAAAGGAAGUGUAGAUUUGAACACCGAGACCGUAAACCAGAAAGAUGAUGAAGAGCUGUGUGAUCUACAAUCAGAAGAAAACUUCUCUUCGCUCUUUGAUCGAAUGGCCGCCAGGUCAGCGGUGAAGGCACAAAGCCGGAAAUCAGCUCUGCUCGAGGAGGAGGAGGAGGAUGAAGAAGAGGAUGAGCAAAACGACGUCGAUGUGUCUUCAGAUAGCGAUGAAGAAUACAGCGACCCCAACGCCGUCUAUUGUAUUUGUCAACAGAAGCACAAUAAUAGGUUCAUGAUCCGUUGUGACCGAUGUCACGAAUGGUUCCACGGUGACUGUGUCGGCAUCAGCGCGGCCCGCGGCCGUCUCCUGGAGAAGAACGGCGAGGACUACGUCUGUCCGUCCUGCACGCCGUGCCAAAGUCCCGUCGACUUGGCGAAACAGCAGCCCGCGCUCUCGAAAAGUGCUCGGAGCUCCUCGUCAGAGAGCCUGUUCACCUCCUCAGCCGGAGAAGAAAGACCCAGCGAGGACGAGGGCAUUAAAGGGAAGAUCAGGAAGUCGAGCACUCGCAGCACAAAGAGGAGAAUCAAGAUCUUCCAACCGGUGGACAUCGUCGAAGCCACAUCGGAGCCCAAAGAGCAAGCCGUGGUGAGGGAGCAGGGCGUGGCCGAGGGAGUGGUGAAAGAGCAGGAGGACACGGUAGAGAAGAAGGAGAAGGCUGCUGUUCCUAAGUGUAUCGGUCCAGGCUGUAGUAACGAAGCUUUGCCUGAAUCGGUUUACUGCGGCCAUCAGUGCAUCAUCCGCCACGCUGCUGUAGCCAUGCACGGUCUCUCAGAGCCCAAAGCACAGCCUGAGAUAAAAAACAAACCUGCACCGAAACCCACGCUGAAGAUCCACAAUCUCGGAAAACUCUUUAAGAAGAAAGCGGCGGAGAAGCCAGCCGAGGGUGAGGACGGCGGAAGUAAGGAGAUGGGAUCUGCCCCUACCCCUGCUGCUUCUCUCACCCCUGAGCCUGUUCACAAAGCAGUGGGGGAGCAGCAACCUGCAGCAAUCGCGUCAUCACAGUUUUACAAAGCCACAUCGACCGAAUCCGAAAAGGAGGCUGCGGAAAACAAACCAGAAAAAACACCAGUCGGUAUUCAGACUGAGCCUCCAAGUGCUCCAUCAGAAGCUCCUGCUGCUGAAAAAGCCGCUGAGAAACCAGCUCCGUCAGCUCCACCGCUCAAAAAACCUGCCUCUAAUCCCCUUCCGAGCCGAGCCAAGAAAACCAUGCCAGGUUCUCCGCGUCUACCUGCAUGCCGGCAGCUCCCGACCGAGGCUCCACAAGCCAACAAGAGUGUCUUUACCGUCCCGAAGAAGCCAUGCCAGUCUCAAGAGUCUUCAAACGUACCCCAGGCCUCAAACUCGGCCCCAGAGGUUCGAGUCCUGCCCGUCACGCCUGCUCCCGUCCCUCCAUCCAGACCUCUCCAAGCUCAUCCUAACAUGCAGAUGAGACAGAACAUCAGGCGCUCUCUCACCGACACCUUGCUGAAAAGGGUGAACGACAGUGACGAUUUGGACAUCCUCGAGAGCGAAGUUGAAAAGCUGGCUGUAAAUAUUGAGAGAGAGAUGUUCAACAUGUACUACACUACUGACAACAAGUACAAGAUUAAAUACAGAUCUCUCCUCUUGAGCUUGAAAGACCCCAAGAACAAGGGUCUUUUCUACCAGGUUGUAAACGGACACAUCACACCCUUUAAACUAACCCGUCUGAGUGAUCAGGAGCUUCUGUCUGUUCAGGAAAGUGCCGCUAAUCCCGCGCCUCUGAAGGAACAACAGUCUUCUGUUUGCGUAGUCGUGGAGCAACCUCCGUCUGUGUCUGAGAACAAAGUGAUCAGAACGGAUAACACGGCCACGUCAUCGUCGGAGGGGAAAAUGUCCGUUGCUCAGGUCAGACAGGUCCAGAUUAAGAAACCUAGUACUGCUGUGUCAGACAUCAUCAGCAGCAUGUUGAAGGACACAACAGCAGAACACAAAGCUCACCUUUUUGACCUCAAAUGCAAGAUUUGUACUGGCCAGAUUUCUGCUAACGAGGACCCUGAUACUAAGACGCUCAAAAAGGAUGAGCCAAAGAAUGAACAGGAGGAAAAACCUCCAUGUGCCGUGCCUUUAUCUGAUAAAAAGCCUGUAUCUGCUUCACCUGGAGACAAUUCCAUCGUUAUGGAGUCUCCUGCUUCUCCAACCACAGAAGAGUGUACUGCUGAGAUAACUCAGCCGGACUUUUCUCCACCUGUAAUCCCUGCCGUUUCCAUAGUGACCAUAACAAGAAGGGAUCCACGGACAGCAGGAUACCGAUCUGCACCUUCUCCUUCUGUUGUCUCUGUUCCUGUCCCGGCUCCUGUUCCUGUCCUCGUUUCUGCUUCUGCUUCUAUUCCAGUUCCAGAACCAGCCAAGAAUCUAAGCACAAUUCCUAGUGAGAAGGAGACUGUUAAAGAAGCGAAGGCCACCGAGCUUCUGCAGCCACCAGCGCCUCCAGCACCUCCACCACCCAUGCCCAAAUCCAUUCUGAUGAAGCCUUCGGUCCCAGCAGUCCCGACGUUUUACAGUUCACCGAGUCUAACCACAAGAUUGCCGAGCUCUCGUACCCCAGCAGACAGCGAGACAAGUCACUUCCUGUCGAGACAAGAUACAAUAUGGAAAGGGUUUCUCAACAUGCAGCUGGUGGCCAAGUUUGUCACAAAGGGAUGCAUAAUCUCAGGAUCUACAGAUGUUCUGAAAAAGGACUUGCCAGAUACUGUUCACAUUGGUGGUCGGAUAUUACCACAAAUGGUUUGGGAAUAUGUUGAGAGAGUAAAGACAUCUCUAACAAAGGAGCUCUCUCUAAUUCGUUUUUAUCCAGCAUCUGAUGAAGAAGAGGUCGCAUAUGUCUCUCUGUUCUCGUAUUUCAACAGUCGCAGGCGAUUCGGAGUGGUUUCUAACAUUUGCAACAAUAUUAAAGAUCUUUAUCUCAUUCCUUUAUGUGCAAAUGAGUCCAUUCCUUCUGUACUGUUACCGAUAGAAGGCCCAGGACUUGAACAGAAUCACCCCAAUCUUCUAAUUGGCCUGGCAGUUUGUCAGAAACUAAAGCGUCCCGGAGCACAGACGCAAGACAUUGAUGAGAAAAGACCAAGAAUCCAGACACCACAAGAUCUUAAAGUGAUCAACCUUCCUACCAAAUCUGCAGUUCCUGAUGUGAAACAUGACGACCCUUAUGACCCAGAUAUCGCAAUCAACACUACUCCACCUGGAUCUCCACCAUCUUUGAGGUCACCUGAUUCAUCUUCGUCUUCCUUAAACCCUCCGUCUGGAACAUCAGUUCUUUCUAAUAGUCAUACUGUGGUAACUCCUCCAGUGUCCACUAGUGCAGAUGUUGCAAAGAUCAUGUCUUCCAGCGUCCCACCACUUUGUAGCACCUCUUCCACCACGAUUACACCACUCCAAACAAUUCUUAAUACAAUAUUUGGUAAAAAGAAACAAGGCCCUGAGUUUGUACUGACUACCAGUGAGACAACUCCUCCAGCAGUAAAAGAACCAGUGACACCUUCUCCAACUGUAGACCCCAUCAUUCAACAGUAUCAGCAGACUCCUAAGACAACAGUGGAGUUUGAUGAUAAUGAUAGACCCUAUGACCCUGAGGAAGAGUAUGAUCCAGCGUUAGGAUAUCAAAAUCUCACUCCCACGAAACCACUUGAAAUGUCAAAACCUGAUGCAUUACUUUCUGGUGCUAAUGAUAAUGGUGAUUGUGGUGGUGAUGAUAGGCCCUAUGAUCCAGAAGAGGAAUAUAAUUUGGGAACUAAACUUGAUUCUGUCCAUGCAGUUAACACGACAAAAUAUUCUGAUACUAAACCAUUAUUAAGAACCUCUGCAAUAAAGGAUGAUGUCGCCUAUGAUCCAGAAGAUGAGACGGUGUUUGAAGAGAUGCAGAAUUUCCUUACAGAUAAUAAAUCUGCCACCUCUGAAUAUGGGACGCCAUCAAGCAUGUCAUUAUCUGAGCAGCAGAAAAUGUUAGAAGACUUGAACCGGCAGAUAGAGGAACAGAAACGCCAGCUUGAGGAGCAGGAGGAGGCUUUGCGUCUUCAGAGAGCAGCCGUUGGGGUUUCCUUGGCCCAUUUUUCUGUUUCUGAUGCUCUCUUGUCGCCACCACCAAGUUUCGGCAGGGAACCAGAUGAGGAAAUGGAAAAAACACUAACUGCUACAGCAGUUAAUCUGAAUAGAGAUCCGAGGCAAUAUAGACACUUGAGCCAGAAUGCUGUUAAUCCAUCACCGAUGGGUCAUACCGACAAAGAAAGUGUUAAUGAAAAAAGAGAAAAGUCUAUUGACAAGUGCCCAUCAAACAGUUCUCUCGAACAAGAUGCGUCAAAAAAUGGUCAAGAUAUGUCAUUAGCCAAGUUAGAUGACAAAAGGCCCAUCAAUGCGGAUACAUCAAUGUUGCAUUCCGUGACGAAAUCAGAAAAAAGUACACAUCCAGGUGCACCUGCACUGCGAGAAGGUGGCUCUUCAUCAUCUGGUAACGAGAACGUUCAACACUCCCGUUCACCGUCAAAAGAUUCGGGCAAAACAAGACAAAGUUAUACAUCCAGGAGGCAUCACCACAGCCCUCCCCAAAGACGAUCGAGACAUGAGACGCGUAGGUCAUAUCAUGAGAAAAGAACCUCCGAUCAAUCGAAAGAUGAUGCACAUCGAAGAAGAGGUAGACGUUCUCCUGAACGGUCCUCCAGACGAAGUCGCAGUUGUAGUCGCAGGAAUGAAAGAGCAGCAUCAAGGGAGAGAGAGCGGCACCAUCGCGGAAGUACAUCAUCAAGACGUGGUAGUAGGUGGGAUGGGCAGUAUUCAGCAUCAAGCUCACGUUCAACUCGAAGUAGAACAUCUCCAGAACUGGAAAAUAAUCAAUCUAAAGAGAAAAGUCAAAAAGAGAAAUCAGCCUCGAGGCAGAAGAAUGAGCCCAACACUCAGUCGACGGACAGUACAAACAACGUAGCAUCUCAGCAACCUCAGAAUCAGAGUGAUAAAUCUCAAAAUGAUGCUUCUGGGAGUGGAGAGCCAAAAGUAACCAAAAUACAGAAAGCUGAUCUUACGAAACCUGAAACUGACCAGUCCCACCAUAGAGCUCAACCAUCCUCUGAUCUACCUUGUGAUACCUUUUCUCAACAGAAGCAAGAGCAGUUAGAACCAAAUCAAAUCAAAGCAAAUCCAUUGCAAACAGAAGAUUGCAACAAAAACAAGCCACAAUGUGAGAAAUCAUCAAUCCAGGAAAGUAGGAACAAUGAGCCCUGUAACAGCAAACAUGGUAGUCCGAGAGCAAUUGUAUUACAUAAUAAUGAGACUGAUUUUAGUCAUGGUACAGAUGAACAGUCAUCAUUGCAAGAGUCUGAUCCUCCUCCUCCUCCUCCUCAAAAGACACCUAAAAUAGAGAGGGAACAUUUCCCAGAGCCCGAUGAGGCUUCUUCCAGAAGUCCUCAAAAGGUUUUGCCACAAAGACCACCACAUUCACGAGAUAAUGGUUCUGAAAUGAUGACACCCCAAAACCAGGAAAGUAAUUUCUCAGUGGAUGACACUUUACAUCCUAGAGACUUUACACCACAACAAGCUCACUCCAUGGUAAGUGUUGAUUCGCCACAGUUGGAAAAUGAUGUACACAGAAACAUCCAUCCUAGAGACCAGUUUAGACCAAGAGCACCUGAGGUUCAGUGGAGAGGCCCACAGCAUAGGAUGGGUGGUCCAAGAGGUCACACACCAGUGCAGCCCAGGAUUCCCGGAACUCCACAACCUGAGCGAUUUGAGAGCUGUAGACCUGCAGGUCCAAGAGGUCAAAGACCAAGGAUAUUUGAUGAUUCUGGGCCAUCUCCAGAGUUUGGACCAAGGGGUCCAGCCUCUGUACCCAGAAUAUUUGAGGGCUCUGGGCCUCGAAGGUUUAGACCAAAGGGCCCAAGCCCGGUUCCUAGAAUGUUUGAGGGAGCCUCAGCUCACCCCUCUGGACCCAAGGGACGAUUCCCAAGACCUGGAAUGUUUGAGAGUUCCGGACCACAAAAUUUUGGACCCAGAGAAGCAGUCUCGAGUCCUGAUAUGUUUGAUGAUUCAGUAAACUUUGAAGGGUCACCGCAGAGAGAGUUUGAUGAUCCAUGGGGGUGCGAUGUACCUCACCAAGUUGAUAGAGAACCAUUUCCAGAAUUCAGACGCCCUAGAAGACACGGCCCACCUCAACAAUUUCGUGAAAAUAUGCUUGACAGCAGAGAUUCAGAGCAACCAAAUUUUAAUAAUUCAAGACACUGUGAUCCUCCAUUUGGUGAGGCAGAAGUAGAGCACCUACCACUUCAGUAUUCAGACGAUCCAAUGGAUUAUGGGCCUGAUUUUGCUGAUGAAAGUUUUAUUAAUCCACAUGAACCAAGAGGGCACAGGAAUCCAACUCCUCGUACUGUGCGAACCCGGAGUUCAGCACGUAUUCGGAACCCUCCACACAACCAACCUGAAGGACCUCAAUUUCCUGGAAUGGAAUUAAAUGUAAAAAGAUCUCACCAGUUUGAUGACUUUAGAGAUCAAACGAUAGAAAAGGAAAUGGUUGAGUCACGUUUUGCGAAGCCUGAUAUUUUUGAAAGUGGGAGAGGUUGUGAAAGAGCUCCUCAAAGAGGUUCAAGAGGUGCAUGCUUGAACUCGGCUCAAAAUCUCAGGGGUCCAAGAGCUCCAUCCCCUCGUUAUCGCGACCAGAGGAGGAUGCCUCUUCCCCGAAACACAGAGUCGCCUGAAGACAAACCAUGUUCUCCUCGUUUUUCACUGCCAUCCACCUCCAAACCUCUAAGGUCACAGGUGCCUAACGCAAGUGAGUUUCAAAACCCGAUACAAUCAAGGAUCAGGUUGGAUGGCCCAACUAAGGAGCCAGAUAUUCGCCCUUUACGGCUGUCUGGCCCUUUGCUCCCAACACCCCCUGGUGGCCCAAUAAGAUUUCACAACCCUAGAAUGCAGAGACCUUAUCUUUACAAGGAGCGUAACUUGCCUCGGCGUUCUCCUGCUAGAGGACCCGUGGGUGACCCUGGGGUGACGUCAGGAAGCUUUGAUGAUUAUUCAGACAACCAAGAAGGAGAGGUGGAAGAGUUUGUAGACAGGGAGGAAGAAUUCAGUAGGCAGGAUAAUAAUUCAGGAAAGCCAUGGUGUCGAGAGGCAAGAAGGAGUAAUAUCACUACAAGGAGGGGUCACGGUAGUGAACGAAAUACCAGAGAGGAUACUGGUGAAAGAGUGAUUGGCAGAGACAGGAAAAUGAGCAGAGAUACAUAUCAAAAUAGGCAUUGAUACAGGAAGCAUUAGAAUAUAGUCCUAGUCCAGAGGUAAUACAAGUAGGUCACGCACUGAUUGGUCAUGGAACUGAGAUGCUUCUCAUGGAGAAAGAACAGAAAAAGUCAAAAUGGUUGAUUUUGAGCAUCAAGACCAAAGACGUUAAAUAACAUGUAAACUGACAAAGUUCAUAUAUGCUUUCUCAUGGAAAUGGUUUAUCAAAUACACAAAGUAUUUGUGGCAAAAAAAAAAAUCACAUUAAUAGUUUCUUUAAUUUACUUUUUCAAGAAUUUGGUUUAAUCAGUAAUGAGAGAUUUCUGUAUUCUGCACAUGUUGUCAACUUUCCUUAUGCCAGACUAAAAAAAAAAAAAAAGUGUUCUCAUGUUCUGCAUUGGUCAUUUUUGUUUGUAGCAACAUCACUGAAUUUUUUUCCCUUGGGGGGAAAAACAAGUUUCUUUUUGGAAAAUUAUUUUAAUUAUAUUAAACAGUUGCCAGUUUAUUCUUCAUUAAAUCUGUAUACCAAAUAAACUGAAAACUGUAUAUCUGUAUAUAUGUAUAGACGGAGUUGGCAGUUUUUGUAGGUGUACAGAUUUGGUAACAAAUAAAUUGGGAACACUGUGUACAUCGUGAAGCUGAAUGAUCUCAACAGUUGUAAAUAUUGGUGUACAUUUCGGUUCAUACAUGUUUUAUAAACUUUCCUACAGAAGCAGUGCAAGGUAUCGUGAUAGGCUGUUAAUAAUCUCACAUGAAGGAUCACAAGGCAUAAUGUCUUGCGGUGAUUAUUUCAUUAAAGAAUGAAAAUGUAAAA